AUGGGGACGUUUAAGAGCUUCAGAAAAGCCUAUGGGGCUCUCAAGGACUCCACCAUGGUCGGCCUUGCAAAGGUCAACAGCGAAUACAAGGAUUUGGAUAUUGCAAUUGUAAAGGCUACCAGUCACGUAGAAUAUCCUCCUAAGGAACGUCAUGUUCGAAAAAUAUUCUACGCGACGUCGGCACACCAGCCGCGGGCAGAUGUGGCAUAUUGCAUUCACGCACUUGCGAGGAGAUUGUCCAAGACUAAAAGUUGGAUAGUUGCUGUAAAGACUCUAAUAGUCAUUCAUAGGACUUUGAGAGAGGGCGAUCCUACCUUCAGGGAAGAGCUUGAAAGCUUCUGCCGCAGGGGAAAUAUUUUCCAAAUUUCCAAUUUCAAAGAUGACUCAAGCCCUCUAGCUUGGGAUUGUUCUGCAUGGGUUCGAGCAUAUGCACUAUAUUUAGAAGAGAGACUAGAAUGUUUUAGAGUCUUAAGAUAUGACGUCGAGUCAGAGCGCCUAACAAAAUCACCAUCUGGGACUAAGACACAUAGCAGAACCCGGAUGUUGGCUUGUGAUGAGCUGUUGGAGCAGCUACCUGCCCUGCAGCAGCUUGUUCACCGUCUUACUGGUUGUCAGCCUGAAGGAGCAUCUUGUUACAAUUAUCUCAUCCAGUAUGCGCUGGCCCUGGUAUUGAAAGAGAGCUUCAAAGUGUAUUGUGCAGUCAAUGACGGAAUUAUAAAUCUCGUGGACGUGUUCUUCGAUAUGUCUAGACAUGAUGCAUUUAAGGCCUUGAACAUAUACAAAAGAGCCGGCCAGCAGGCUAAACAUCUGGCUGACUUGUAUGAGUAUUGCAAGGGCUUGGACCUUGCUAGGAAUUUCCAGUUUCCGGCACUAAGACAGCCACCCCCAUCAUUUCUUGCCACAAUGGAAGAUUACUUAAAAGAAGCACCCCAGGCUGGCUCUUCCGUUAAGGAACUGGAGUGUCCGGAAACUGAUCAAUCACCUGGGAAUGAAGAACCAGAACCCGAAGAAAGUGAGAAACAUGCCGUAGAAGUGAGUGAGAUUAAAACAGAAGAAAUGGUUGAAGAAAAAGAAGUAAAGGAAGAGGAGGUAGAGCUGCCUCCAUUGAUAUCAACUGAUGGUACUGAUGACUUGCUGGGUCUGAAUGAAAUAAAUCCGAAAGCUCUAGAGUUGGAAGAAAGUAAUGCUUUGGCUCUUGCAAUUGUUCCUCCUGGUGGAAAUUAUCCUUCGAUCAACGCCGGGUUAAGUAACAUUGCUGGGACUACCGGUUGGGAACUUGCUCUUGUCACAACACCAAGCAACAAUAUCAGCCAGCCGCUGCCAGAUAGCAAAAUGGCGGGUGGGUUUGACAAGCUAUUACUAGACAGUUUGUAUGAAGACGAAAAUGCGAGGAGACAACUUGAGCUGCAGAAUGCGGGUUAUGGGCCCAGAGGAAUGAUCAUGCAGAGCUCAUUUGAUCAUCACAAUCAGAAUCCACAUGACCCCUUUGCCAUGUCGAACAGCAUAGCACCUCCAACCAAUGUGCAAUUGGCAUUGCUGGAACAGCAGCAGCAGAUGUUUCAGCAACAACACAACAUGAUGAUGGUUCCUUAUUAUAAUAAUAAUAAUAAUAACAACAACAACAACAACAACAAUAAUCAAUUUUCACAGGGACAAUACCCUCAACAGAUGCAGUUUAUAGGCUCUUCAAAUCCAUUUGGAGACCCUUUACCCGUACCUAGCCAUCCUUACAAUUCAGUACCUCAACAUGGUAAUUACAAUCUGCUCUAG